AUGGCUGUUCCUAUCUAUCUAUCUAUCUAUCUAUCUAUCUAUCUAUCUAUCUAUCUCAUUCUGUUUGUAUCUAUCUAUUUAAUUCUGUUCGUAUCUAUCCAUCUAUCUCAUUUUGUUCGUAUCUAUCUAUCUAUCUAUCUAUCUAUCUAUCUAUCUAUCUAUCUAGCUCAUUUUGUUUGUAUCUAUAUUUUAAUUCAGUUCGUAUCUAUCCAGCUAUAUCAUUCUGUUCGUAUCUAUCUAUUUAUCUAUCUAUCUACCUAUGUAUUUUUGAUGAUGACUGUUUCUAUCUAUCUAUCUAUCUAUCUAUCUAUCUAUCUAUCUAUCUAUCUAUCUAUCUAUCUAUCUAUCUAUCUCAUUCUGUUUGUACCUAUCUAUCCAUCUGUCUCAUUCUGUUCGUAUCUAUCUAUCUAUCUAUCUAUCUAUCUAUCUAUCUAUCUAUCUAUCUAUCUAUCUAUCUAUCUUGAACAGUGCCAUCUUUUCUCGACACGCAUUUCUUAUACAUCUAUCACAAUUUUCUUUUAUCUAUCUAUCUAUCUAUCUAUCUAUCUAUCUAUCUAUCUAUCUCAUUCUGUUUGUAUUUAUAUUUUUAAUUCAGUUCGUAUCUAUCCAUCUAUAUCAUUCUGUUCGUAUCUAUCUAUUUAUCUAUCUAUCUACCCAUGUAUUUUUGAUUAUGACUGUUUCUAUCUAUCUAUCUAUCUAUCUAUCUAUCUAUCUAUCUAUCUAUCUAUCUAUCUCAUUUUGUUUGUACCUAUCUAUUUAAUUCUGUUCCUAUCUAUCCAUCUAUCUCAUUCUGUUCGUAUCUAUCUAUCUAUCUAUCUAUCUAUCUAUCUAUCUAUCUAUCUAUCUAUCUGUCUGUUUCUCUCUUUAUCCCUCUAUCCAUAA